CCAAUCACUUAAAAAAAAUUUUAUAAUGAAAAGAAAUGCACGACAAAUAUCUCGAACAAAAGUAAAAGUAAUUAUUUCAAGCGAUUCUGAAAAUGAAUUUGGAAAUAUUUCAAGUGACGAAAAUUAUGUACCUGAAAAAGUAUCCAAAACAAUUAAAAAAAAAAAAAAUCAAUUAUAAAAAAUAAAAAAAAAAAAUAACUGACUUGACAAUGACAUGUGGUAAUGAACAUACAAUAAUACAACUUAGAAACGAGAAAGUAAAAAUAGAACAUAUAGAUAUUACAGAAUCAACAGCUUUAGAAAAGAUACAAAAUGAUAAUAUAAAAAUAAAAGAAAAAGAAAUACAAGAUUUUAAUACAGAAAAUAUUAAACAAGUAUUAAAAAAUAUAAAUUUUAAUUCUACAGAAUUUAAAGAAUGGACUGAUAUAGAUUAUAUUAGUGAAAUGAAUAAUGUUGAAAAACAUAUAGCAGAGAACAUUGUAAAGCUUUUCAAUAAUGAUAAUACAAUUCCAUUUAUUGCAAGAUAUAGAAAAGAUAUGACUGGUGGCAUGGAACCAGAUAAGCUAAGAGUUUUAAAAGAAAGUUUUGAUCAUGCCAAAAUGAUCAAACAACGUGCUAAUACUAUAUUGAAAGCUAUUGACAAAUUAGGACAAUGGUCACCUGAUGUACAUUUUGCGAUUAUAUCUGCCAAAUGUUUGGAUGACUUAGAGCAUAUAUAUUCUUUAUUUAAGCCAUCAUCUAAACGAACAUUAGCAGAAAAAGCAAAAGAAUUAGGUUUGGGACAUAUAAGUGAUCUUAUAUUGCAAGGUCAGGAAUUACCACCAUUACCUUCUAUUAUUGAUUCUAAGAAAGAUGGACUUAAAACUAAACAACAGAUUUUAGAUGGAAUUAUACAUAUUAUAGCAGAUAUUAUAAAUAAAAAUAAAACAGUAUUUGAUAAAGUUAAAGAACUUCAAAGUGAAUCUAUUAUAAAAAUACAAUCUACAGAAUGUAAAUCCAAAAAUAAAUCUGUUGAUAACAAAGAAAAAGAUAUGCAUAGAAAAUAUGAAACAUAUUAUGAUUUUAAUACAAAUAAUAGAUAUAUUAAACCUCAUCAGAUACUGGCUAUUAAUCGUGGAGAAGCACAGAAGAUUCUUACAAUAAAAAUAAUUUUACCUGAUUCUUUUGAAAAAGAAUUUAAAACUUAUUGUUAUAAAUAUUAUAGGAUAGUUAUGACAGCAUCAAAAUUACAUUCUAAAUUAUUAAAUGAUAGUAUUGAUUAUGCUUAUACAAAAUUUAUUAAACCAUUAGUAAUACGACGAGUAAGAAGUGAAAUGAAACGAAAAGCAGAAAUAGCAUCUAUUGAAGUUUUUGUAAAUAAUGUUAAACAAUUGCUUCUUACUCCACCUGUACGUGGAAAAAUUAUACUUGGGAUAGAUCCAGGAUUUUCACAUGGUUGCAAACUAGCAGUAAUUUCAGAACAGGGAGAUGUACUUGAAACAGGUGUAAUUUAUCCUCAUAAAAAUAAAGAAGAGGCUUAUAAUGAAUCUGCUAAUGUUUUAAUAAAUUUAGUUACUAAAUAUAAAGCGACAAUUUUAGCAUUAGGCAAUGCUACAGCUUGCAGAGAAACAGAAAUGUUUAUAAACAAACUAAUAAAGUCUAAUUCAUUUAAAUCAUUAGAUAUUUCAUAUGCGAUAGUUGAUGAAUCAGGAGCAUCAAUUUACAGUUGUAGUCCAGAAGCAAAAUCUGAAUUUCCAAAAUUAGAUAUGAAUUUAAUUUCUGCUAUUUCUAUAGCGAGACGUUUACAAGAUCCACUUGCUGAAUUAGUAAAAGUAGAACCCAAACAUUUGGGUGUAGGAAUGUAUCAGCAUGAUUUACCAGAGAAACAAUUAUUAACAUCAUUAAAUGAGGUUGUUUCAGAAGUUGUAAGUUUUAUAGGAGUAGAUGUGAAUACUGCAUCACAGUGUCUUUUGAAAAGAGUUGCAGGUUUAAAUGUAUCUAGAGCAAAUAAUAUUUUAGAAUGGAGAUCUGAAUUUGGUCCAUUUAGAAAUAGACAACAAUUAAUGGAUGUAAAAGGAAUUGGAAGUAAAGUAUUUGAACAAUGUAUCGGAUUUAUUAGAAUAUUGCCAGAAACAUCAAUGAUUGAUAAUUCAAAAAAACUCAGGCCUAUUAAGAAGUCAAAGCAGGCAAUCAAAACAGAAUAUAAUUUAUUAGAUCAGACUUGGAUACAUCCUGAAUCAUAUAAAAUAGCAGAAAAAUUUUUAAAGUUCUGUAAUAUUAACUUAAAGGAUCUUGGAACUACAGAGUUUAUUGAAAAAGUAAAAUUGCAUGCCAAAGAAGGAUUUACUAGUUUGGCGGAAAAGUUUGGUACAAAUAAAACAACUAUGGAAAUAAUAAUUAAGGGUUUAUCUAUGAAAAAAGAUGAGGAUAUACGAUUGAAAACUUGUUCUCCUCUAUUUCGAAAAAGUAUGUUACAUAUUAAUGAUAUAAAUGUGGAUAUGUUAUUAACAGGUGCAGUACGGAAUAUUACACAUUUCGGAGCAUUUGUAGAUAUUGGAACAGGUAAAGAUGGACUUAUACCAACAAAAUGGUUAAAAAAUUUUACAGUUUCAAUAGGUCAGCGUGUGGAAGUAAAAGUUCUUUCAGUAGAUUUGGAACGUAGUAGAAUUAAUUUAGAAUUAAUUAAAAUUUUAUAAUACGUUUUUAUAUUGUGUAAUUAUUUAUUU